CCCCCUUGCACCUUAUCUCGCUCAUCACUUGUUCCAUCUCCACGUGUCUCCUGCUGGAGUUGAGGGUGGCCACUUAUCAGUGCUAUCUCAGUCCCCUCUCUUCCUGGCCACUCUCUCUUCCAGUACCUUCUGCAGACUCGCUCUCUCAUCGCCCAUCAUCUCUCUCUCUGUUAGGGCUUCCGAUAGAGCUGCUCUCUGCCUCGGCCACUAGCCCCUGCUGCUGUUGCUCAGCUGUCGUGGCGUUGGAGUUGGUGUUGUUUUCUGGGGAGGGCCGGAAGGGAUGGAGGCAGUGGGUUUAUGUCCUGAUGAUGUCAACUGUUAAUUUGUAGGCUGAAAUAUGCAGUUGUCUGUGUCUGUGCCUCAUGUCUUUCUCACCUGUGGAAUUUCUGUGCAUCUUUAUCUGUGGCCUGAAUAUAGUAAGAACGAUGACUAAGUAAGACACAUUGUUGAGGGGGAGGGGGGUGUUCAGGGCAAGCUGUAGGUGAGCAGAGAGAGGGGGGGAUGGAGGGAGGCAGUGGGUUUCGUUGUUGCCUUUGGUUGUGUCACGUUGCGGGUGGUCUACGGGUAGAGACAGAAAUGGAUUGCUUCUCUGUGACAGGCUACUCUUUUGCGCUCAAGUGUAAAACAUAAUCAAGCUUGGGAGGGGCGGGGGAAUGAGUGACGAGGAACGAACAAGCGAGCGAGAGAAAGAGAGCGGGAGGGAUGGAGGUGGGGGUAGAGAUGUAACAGACUCUUAAACAGCCGCGACGACUCUAGCCUUGGCACUCCAAUGUGACUUAUUGUCAUUGACGUGGUGACGCAUGACUUAGGAAUCCUGGCAGAGAGAGAGAGAAAGCUCGGCUCCAUCAGUAUGUAGUUGGCUGCCUGCAGAAUAGGAGGCACCAUCACUAAAUGCAUAGUCUGGGGAGACAGACUGUCAUGACCCUGACCCAUGUGAUCGAACAUGUCUCACUGGCCCACUGUUGUGCUAAUUAGAACUGAAUUAUAGCAGCCGUUUAGGCCACUAGCAUCACUGAGCACAUUGUUCAUGGGGUCGGUUCAAACCAUCAUCAGUUGAAUCUCCCUGGAUAUCGAAACGAAACGACUCCAGAUUUCACUGUGUAUGUGAGCAAGGUGAAGGAGGAGUGAGACCGCUGAGGAUGCGGGUGUGUUAGACGCAGGCGGUCUAGAGGCCUUGAGGUGUGGGAACUUUGCUGUGCUGGUGGAUCUCCAUGCCCUGCCUCUGGGCGUCCAAGAAGACACCAGCUGGUCCUCCCAGGAACUCAAGGAGGAGGUGAGCGCUCUGAUAAGAGAAGCGGUGGACCAGCGGGUCAAGCAGUUCCUGGAGUCACGGUGGCAGCAGCAGAAGGGCCCGCAGGCCAAGUACAUGAAGGAGAUGACUCCCGCCAACCCCCUCUGUAUUAAAGGGCCUGCCUUUCGCCUGGCGGCGUACUUCAUGAAGAGGCAUGUCAACCUUAGGUGCAUCUCCAAGCAGCACUACAGAGAGUUACGGGUCUUUCCAGAGCGAUUUGUCGUGUGCGUGAGUCGUCCGGAGCACGCAGCAGCGGCAACCCUCAGUGGAAAUGUGACCCGAUCUAUGGAGGAACAGGGUGGACAAAGCAGGUCGGAGUAUUUUUCCGGACGGAGCGAAACCCUAGACCCAUUAAACAGCUCAGCAAUAACAAAGAGGACCGCCCUUCAAAAGAUAGCAAAGCAAGCAAGCGCCCAGGCCGAGGCCAGUCACUCUGACCCACCGGGCCAAGGCUGUGGCAAGCCGGAGGCACCGGGCCCGUGCGGUUCAUCACCAGAAGCAGAGCGGCGGGGAGGUGUGCUGCCACCCCUCUGCCCUCAGGAGGUUGGUGGGUACGGAGCUCUCAGUGAGAUCCCAGGGGGUGCACCGAGCUCCGGGGGCGCCAGCCUGGAGGGGGGAGAAGGUGAAGCGCUGGCGCCUCUCUCCCUCUCCAAACCCAGGAAUGAGCGCUCGAGGACCACAAGCCAGGAAGUGGCUGCCAACCCACAGCAGCAGGAGCGCAGCAGCACCACCAGAGCUCCCCCACCAGCCCAGCCAUGCGUGGGGGCUGACGACGACGACGACAACAACAACAACAACAACAACUGCAGCAGGAGCAGGAAAAGGCCCAGCCGCUUGCAGGGGGGCCUAUUUACGCACGACGCAAAGCGUCUGUGCCUCGGAGGGCCUUCAGAGCCAACUGCUGAGGUGCAGCAGCCUGACAGCUCUGAGAGAGCCUCACCGCGGAGCUCCGUUCUGGGACCCUGUCCCCGUCCACCUCCUCCUCCUCUUUUGGAACAUGCUGGAGAGAGCCUCACGCUGGAGGCGGAGCUUGCCGCACAUGGAAAACAGGCCGGGAGACUCCCCCUCCGCGUCAGUAACACGGAGCAGACGAACCCGAGCAGGCUGGCCACAAGUCUGAGAGGCCUAUCUGUCAAGCCCCAAUCCUCUGGCUCCUCUAUUAGUUCCAGACCCGCCGCCAAGGAGGAGGGGAGGCAGAGUGCGGCCAGAACAUCCCGACUACGGCGGCCCAGAAAGUCCUGAGGGAACCAGGCUGCAGUAAAGAUGCCUGACGCCACGCAAAAAUGGAUGUUGCUGCAUGUCCUUGCACUGCGCUCUGUCUCUGAUGCGCCCUCUCAGCCGCAAAGUCUCUCCCCCUACACACACACACACACACACACAGACAAACUCAGUCUAAAUGUCUCCUCAUGCACAAUCAGUAACACACACAUUCCCUGUCUGUGUUAUAUUACUGACAUCUUAUGUCUGGAAAUGAGUCCGCAUGAGAUGGCUCCAACCAAUGGGAAAUGAGAAACAAAUAAAUAACAAGGCACUCACACAUACUCAAAACAUUAAACCAUGUAUUGUGAACCGAAAGAUUUAGUCUUCCACUGAAGAUUUGAAUUUCAGACAAGUAGGACCCGUGGAGGACGCCAUGGCAACCGGCCCAAAUCACCCUGGCUCCAUGUGUCUGAAAUAUCAAAUCUUCAGGCUUUAGCGUGGGUCUAUGAUUGAUUUCGGUGUGUUUUCACAUACAGAAAAUGCCUUUAAGUAGUUUUCAUCUGUUUCUUGGAAACGUCAUGGCGAUCAGGAUAGGAUUCUUUGUUUAUCUUUUGUUGUUACCAAACAAUUAUACAAGAGAUGUUUCGGUCAUGCUUGUGAUUAAGAUCCAACGUUCCACGUGCAUGUCAGACACACCAUUUUAAUUUCUUCCUAACACAUGACAGUGCAAACAACCCAUGCCUCUGUUAGCCAGACAUUUGUACUCGCAUCAUGCAAGGACUCAUCUGGCUACAAUUAAUGAAAUGACCCACAUGUUAUCUGUUAAAGGGUGAUGGCUGAACCCUAGAGUGUUUUAGGUUUUAACCAACUUUUUUGGCUUUUUGUAUUAAAGAAAUACCAAAAGCGA